GAGUGUGUACAAGUUUUACAACAAACUGGAGCAGAUCAGAGCAAAAAAGACAAAUGUGGUCGGACACCCUUGCAUUAUGCAUCUGUUAAUUGCCACUUCCACUGUAUUGAGGUUUUGGUAAACUCUGGUGCAAACGUGAAUGAAGCAGAUGUUUGGGGUCGGACAUCUUUGCACUAUGCUGCUGCUUCAAAUAUUGACCGCAAGAGAAGAAUAAUUCUGGGAAGAGGACAUGAAGAUACAGAAGAAGCUGAUUUAUCCUCUCCUGUAAAAGAAAAAGAAGCAGCCAAGUGCUUGCAAUAUCUGCUGGAGAGCAAAGCCGACCCAUCAAUUUGUGACAAAGCGGGCUACAGUGCCAUCCAUUAUGCUGCUGCCUAUGGUCACAGAGAAGGCUUGGAAUAUCUGCUAAAAAGGACUGAAGAUAUCACUGAUGUUGCAAAUCCUCCAACUACGAAAAGCCCUUUACACUUGGCGGCAUACAAUGGACAUCAUCAAGCCUUAGAAAUACUGCUUAACACUUAUGCCGAUGUUGAUAAUAAAGAUGAAAAAGGACGAACACCACUGGAUCUUGCUUCUUUUAAAGGGCACACAGAGUGUGUU